UCACCACAAGUCGAGCAGUAUCGAAUGAUGUGGGCACCACUCUCGCGUGUUGAUCUGCCCGUACCUCUCACUAUCGACUGCAUUCAACAAAAAGAGCACCGCAUAUGGCGCAGCGCGAAGAACGAUGAUUCCGCCUCCAAGGAGCAAGGCUAGUAAGUGCAUCUUGAUAACGCCGGGCUCCUCCGUUGCCUAAGAAAGAGGAGCACAUGAUUCCAUGUCUCUUUGUCUCGAUCCAUUCGUCUCUCUGUCUGUCUCUCUGUCUGCCUUCUAUAUGGUAUGUGGCUUCUUUCAGUGUGGGGAGUGAUUUAUUUUGAUGCUUUGACUGACCCGGCAAACAGGCAAGUUGAAGACGCGAACGAACACAGAAAAAGCACCCCCUCUAACGACACUUCGACCAGAACCAUCACCAGCAAGCCGACCAACCUCUCAAUAAGGUGAUCGACCGAGGGCGAUAGAAUUUGGCUGAGAGUGGUCUUGAACAGGUUUGAGAGCAUCAAACUUGUCAGUUCGACCAACCCAUACAGGUAAACCUGCUGCAUCAUCAACGAGCCCCAGAAAAAAAAGAAAAAGAAAAGAUGAGGAGACGCAGGUCCUCUGGUCUCUUUCACUCACGUCACUGAGCCGCCGCACACUCGUCGGGUGGUAUUGAAAUUGUACGAUCUGCGUUUGUAGGUCUAGAAUUGUACUCAGAGACCUCCUGAGCGAUGCCCGGCUCCAAAAACUGCCGGAGCUGCCGCGACUCUGAUUCAUUGAUGCUCGAAUAGAGCGGUGGCUAGGUGGUUCGGCCGGCUGUUUGUCGUUGGUCGUUGCCUGGGUGUCCUCGGUAGUGAUUGUAGAAGACAUACGAUGAGAGUGCUGGUCUCGCCCUCUCCUGCGCGCUUUACAUGAGGCCAAGAAUCGUAUCACGACUCUCUUGACAUUGAUGCCGAUCAGAAGCCCUGCGAAAAGACAGAUGCAGACAACAUUCGGAGAUUAACGUCUCUCAACUGACUUGUCACCAUAAGGUAUCAUCAAGUCGGUCACCAAAUCGAAAAGCGCAAAGAACAGCGAGGACAGGACCUAGAAGACAUGGCAAUAUAUCGAUGUGUCUCUUCCACUCAAGAAAGUGAACAUCAGCUCUUUAUUUUUGGCAGCGCGGGGGCACCUGAGAGGAUAGGUUUUGCAUUUUGGCUUGGACCAUGCGCUGCCAGCACACACAGUGGAGAGCGGCGUGAUUGUGCAUCCCCUUGUCUGUGCCAGGAGAGGUUUCGCAGCUUACGGGGAAAAACACGUAGCUCACGGCCAGAUAGGCCAUUGCUGGAGCCGUCUGUAGUGCAGGACCAUCUUGAAGCCCACGGACUGUCGCAGUGACUGAAAAAAGAAAAACUCUUUAAAUACGUAAACAGCACUGCGACGGUUUACCUAGUGCGAUGACCGGCCACAGUCCGAUCAAAAAGCUAAAAGCGAUACGCGUCUUCUCGCGAUCCGUCCCUGACUCUGCCGCUCUUGCGGCAGCAGGCAUACUGUAAAACAUGCAUACACAGCAAGCCCAUAAAAAACUUCUCAUGAUGAAUGACUGAUGCUCAGUGCGCAAUCACCGACAAGUAGAGACGUGAUAUGACAUGAGCGAAGGCCAUUACAGAAGUAAUAACACAAAUCUGGAGCACAUAAAGCCGCUUCCUCUUGACCAUAGUCGAUGUCAGAGCGACUUGACGAAAGAGCCUGAAGCGAUUAGAGAUAAGUUGAAUACUGAGCAGCGGCUACGUAUUUUGCCUACAGCAAGGGCAGCAGAAACCCAACAAAGGAGAUCAUGACAAAACCGAAAACAUGGCGAUAGGGCGGUGGGACUUCCAGGUGGUGAACCAGAGAUACGGCAAGAUAAUAAACGAAGCCAGGAGCCAAGAAAUACCACGACGUUCUCAAGCGCCGGAAAGCCCCAGCAAUGCUGCCCUCUGUCACCAGGAGAAUCAUAGCGAUAUAACACAUACCUACAAGCAUCCGCCGAGCCACAUCAAUAACGAUCCACGUUGCCUUAACAGUGAUGCCCUCGCACGCCCGCCAAUAUGCCAGGAAAACCAAAGCCCAGAGCGAUGCAACGGCCGCAGCAAUCCCGACCUGGAACAACAGAACGCGAGCAACUCUUCUCAGGGUCUUCGAAAAAGGCAGAGGCUUGAAGGCAACACCGAUGAAGGAUCCGCCCUCAUAAACCACGGUUGUGUCGACCUCUUGAAAAGCCGCAUUCGAGCCUGCACAGUGUCGAAACUCAGCCACCUGUGCCGCCAACUCCCGCUCCUCCCUCCGCAAAGCUCUUCCGUCUUCUUCUCCCGUCGCCCCGUCGUCAUAUCCAUCUGCUGCAGGCAGGGCACAGCCUCCAAUGGCGCCCGUGCUGUCGUCGCUGAGUGGCGUGACGUGCUGGUGCUGGCGAUGCGGAGAGGUUGUACUCGUGGCCACCUCAUUGCCGGAGUGACUGCAUGCUCGUGGGGCGAUGCCGAUGUCUUCGGUGCUGAUGGUGAUGUCGUUUGCGGGCGGAGAUGCAGCAUGGUUGACGUCAUUGGACUCCAUCAUCGCGGGUGGGGGC